AUGAAAAAAAGCGUGCACCUUUGGCAGGGGAUUCAGCCUGAACUUCAUCGUUACUCUCACGCGACAUUUCAUGAAGGAACGCACAGACAGGCCCCUGGAGACUCUACACCGUGGCGUGACGUCUCUUCACCGGUUAACAGGUUCCGCGCUUGGUGGUUGGCGCCGGCAGCCAAAGGAAGCGUUAUUGCUGCUUGGAGCUUGACAUGUGUUAUCGGCGCGUAUUGCUUCAGUAUUCAGCAAGAUGCAAAGGGAACUUACCUGCUGAAUAAUGUUCUGCUUCGCAAUUUGCACGAAGAGUCACAGCGAGCUAGCGCCAACGAGGAGCGUGCAGGUGCGCUACAAGAGGCAAUGCGGCAGUACCUUGCGGAGGAGACGAGCCGCAAGCAGAACACCGCGAACCUGGCAGAGUACGUGGCGUCUAGCGAAAAGAUGAAAGCUGGGAUUGUAAAUUACGAGUUAGAACUAGUACGAGAGAGAGGAAGAGCAGACGCUACCCACGAGCGCAAUCAGAAGCUUGUGAAGGAGCUGUUGGCUGCCAGGCAAGAAGUGGCACGAGUUCAGAAGGACAACGCUACUUUGGUUGGGGAGGUCGAGAAAUUGCAGCGGUUACUGAAGCGCUCAGGUAAGCUUUGA